AUGGCCGGCAUGGAUGAGCCGAUGUCCAGGCUCACCCACGACCUGAUCGCGGAGAUCCUCUCUCGCGUGCCCUACAAAUCUCUCUGCAUCUGCAAGUGCGUCUGCCCGGCCUGGCGCGCCAUCAUCGCCGACCCCGCGCGCCGGAAGAAGAUGUCGCAGACCCUGGCCGGAUUCUUCUACCGCAUCACCGGUGAAGGCAAGGCCGAGCCCAGCGGCUUCGCCGGCGUCGAGUACGCGGAUCUGUCUCCUUUCCCUUGGUCGGGCGCCCCCGAGACCCACCCGCGCCUGCCACUACCGCCCGACAGCACGGACUGCUUCUUCUCCCUCGAGGAUUCCUGCGAUGGACUUUUUCUUGCAAGCAUCCGCACGGGCGCCCCUUUUGGAACAUCUCGCUACAUGGUCUCCAAUCCAGCUAGCAGUGAGUAUGCUGUGCUGCCUCACUCUGGCUACGCUAGCAACAACAGCAUUGCUUACCUGGGUUUCGACAGUAGCGUAUCCACUCAAGAGUUUCAUGUGUUCGAGUUUGUACACGACUGGAGACACCCGGAACACGGCGGCAUACAUUUCAUGGUUGUGACAGAAGUGAGGAUUUACUCUUCAAAUACCGGUGCAUGGGUGGCAAUGGAACCCAAAUGGGUCAUUCAAGUUGGCUUGUGCUUUGGUCAGCCUGGAGUUUUCCAUAAGGGAUGUUUGCACGUGCUCACGGAUGAGUCCGGACUGGCGAUAGUUGAUGCACAAGGGCUAAAAUGGAGAACCGUCCUGCUGCCAGCUAAUAGUUCCUCGGAUUUCAUUGGGAAGUCUGCUGGACAGCUAUUGUAUAUCAACUCCCGAUACCGCUCAGACAGAUCUUUGACUAUGUUGGUUUACGCUCUUAGUGAUGAGAUUUAUAACUGGGAUGUGUGUCAUCAGGAUGGCAAAUGCAUGCACUGGAAAUUGUUGCGCAAGCUUUCAAAUGUUAUUCCAAAGAAUAAGUUUCUCAAAGUCAUUGGAGUACACCCACAUGCCAAUCUGAUCUUCAUAGCUCAUUCAAACAAUGGACUGUUGGCAUACGAUUUGGAUCAUCAUGAAAUACAAUUGUACAUCACCUUGAUCAUAAGUACCCUGAAUUUGUGCAAUUUUUCCCAUAUGUGCCACUAUUGUCCUGCCUACCAUUGGAUGGAGGAAUACGGCUGGUAA